GGUUGACAGAAGAUGAUGGGGAAAGUCCUGGAGAAGUUAAAAGCCCUGGAUGAGAAUGCAAGGGUACUUGCAGCCAUCAGAGCAAAGGUAUAUGAAGUGGAUGCUAAGAACACUAGAUGGUAUCCCAGUGUGGAGAUCAGCAAGGCCAUUGAAGACCCACUUCCGUGUUUGGAGCCCAUUCCUACCCGGCUUUGGAAUGGGCAUCAAGCACUGGCUCUCAAAGCCACACUUCCCUUAGUCAUGCCUGUCCACCCUCUGCUGCCUUCCAGUCCCUGGCACAGGGGCACUCGAGCUGGCAAUAACUGGCUUAAAACCAACGUUCAUCUUGAGCAAAGAAAAAAGCCUUUGACUACGCCCCUGCUAUCUGAUCUUCAUGAGGAAUUUGGAGGCACAAUUGCUCCAUCUGCACCUAAGACAGUAACAGAGAGCGUAGAAGAUAAAUCAUGUAACCUUAAGAAGUCAAAAAUUCGUGUAUCUUUUAAAUAUAAGACUGAACCGAGAAGUGCCUUUGAAGAGUCAGAUUUACCUGGUCUUGCAACAAACAAAAAAUAUGCAGAAAAUCAAAAUGAAAAGAGAGCUAAGAAGUCCAUGUAUUCUACAGACCACUCAGCAGAUUCUAUUGAAAAAGGAAAGAAACAUCAUCCAUUGGUAAAUGAUUUGAUUACAAAAGAAAAUGAGUCAGCCAGCGAUAACCAAGCAAGAACAUCUUGUCCAGUAAAACAGAAUGCCUUACUUCCCUUGCACUUUGAGGAUGUACUGAAAAAUCCCACAGUCAAGAUAAUUGACCUUGCUCCAAAAGAGACAGUGCUUUGUUUUAUGGAAGAAAGCCAUACAAAUCCGAUAAUUUUCCAUGACACAGCAUACAUAGAAAUGUUGUUCCUGGCAAAGAGGUUCACUCCCUAUGUUAUGACAUAUACAAGAAAGAACCUUGUCCUAGAAAAAAACUGGGAAAUGUUGAAAGGUUUAUUUUAUGAUCAACCCAGUAUUGUUUCUAAACCUCAAAGACCUAAGCCUGUAGUGCAGUACAAGGAAUUGACCUUGUUCUCUACUCAACGGGUGCAAAAGAGUAUAAAGGAGAAACGGAAGAAGAAACACGACAGUCUGGCUUCCAAAAACACACCUCCGGACACAUUUUAUAAUUUAUCCCGAACUAUUUCCAACAUCACCAAAAGAUUUGUGGGUUACUUUGAAAUAGAUGCUACUCAAGAAAAGAGUGCUAUAACAGAUGAAUUUGAAAGGAUAUUUUCCAAAACAAAACCACCACCCACACGCAAAUUCACUACCUUACCCAUCAAGUAUGAGUCAAAGCCUCUGAAAAAUACAGUUGAAAUACGUAAACUAAACAACAUAACCCCACUAGAUAAUCUGCUAAGCUGGAAAGUCAAUAACUGAUAAAGACUCGUUUAUGCAGCAAUAUUCAAAAACAAGAAGAACCAAAUUCCAAGAUCAUAGAUGACGAUGGAUGAAG